GGGCAGAAAGGCUGCGUAAUGGUGUCAUCGCGCCGCCUUCUCCUUCGUGUCAGGGUCCAACGUACUUAGUCUCGCAGUCCCGUCCCAGGAACAGGGACAGGGAACCCUUUUUCCCUACCCGCUGGGUCGGGGGCGUUGAUCUAGCCAGGCAGUGCCUUAGAGAUUGAUUUGGAGGCGAGAAUGGCUGGGUGAGCCCGGCAGGGUGCCCCCUAAAUACCCACAUACCCAAACAAAAGGCUAGCACGCACGAGACCCGCACCGGCUGGUUGCUGCUGUUGGCUAACCAAAGCUGGAAUACGGCCGAUCAAGCAGACGGAGGCCAAAGCGGCACGGUGGCCUCCAGUCCGACGCGACGGGGCGGUAUCCAAUGCGGGAACUGGAUGUGCCUGAAUAUCACCUGCGGAGCAUGAUGUCGAGACUUGCGGCGAGCUGACCCGUGUGAGUUGUUGGUCCCACGAUGGGAUACUGGAGGGGCCCAGCACGCCAGCAAGCAAGCUCCAAAUGGAAACCUUCCCCCUGAUUCGCGCACUUUCGCGCACUUCCAAGAAGCAGAGCGGCAGGGAUGGGGAUGUGAUGGGGUGGUGUUUCUUCCGGGGAGGGGCCGGCGUCACCCUUCGGCUUGCUGUUCCAGGGCGAGCCUGUUGUCAGGGCCAUGCCGGACGGGACUAAUCACAAUUUGUUUGUACAGUCUGGUUCAUUCCAGUCUGAGGGCGGUGUGUGCUGCUGCCCUUGCGUUGCAUCUGUUUCUGUUCAGCUGCGUAUUUGCUCCUUUUCCGCCGGCAGAGCUUUUGCCGCCGAUUAUUUUUUUUUUUCCUUGCCGCUUGCUUUUUUUUGUUGUUCUCGGCAGCUGGCCCGAUUGUCGAUGGCGCACUCUAAGGUCGAUUCUCGGCGCAGGACGAGGGCUGCCAUCGAAGCGAUCGAACGGGCUUCGCGUGCCGGGCAUCCUAUUGGCAGGCGCUAGGGCCCUGUCGCGGCAGAAGCGGGUCCUGGGUGGGUUGCUUGGCGCAAAGCACAGGCCAGGAUACCGAUUUUUUGGAACGGCCGUGACGUCACCACCUCUGGAAGGCGGGGUGGCUGCCAGCGAAACAGGAGCCCGCAAGCUCACCAGCUUGGAAAGUCUGCUCUGCUGACGAGCCAGGACGAGGAGGCGGUAAGGACGGGAGUUGAGCCUUGGGGACCAGACGCCACCUGGGCCAGCCUCAUCAGGCCACCGGCCGGGCUGCAAUGUGCAUGCUGGGCGUGCUGUGCAGCGCGAAAGGGGGGUCACGCCUGCGCCUUUGUGAUACCGUUGGGUUGGCACCAAGGCACCCUCACACGCUCGCGAUGGCUGCCGGGACCAGGUGUCGGGCUGGAUGGGGCUCUGGGACGGGGACGAGACGGGGACGAGGCCUGAUGGCCGUCAAUGGGCAGAGCAGAGACGAGAGGAGAGGAGAACAGGAGGUGGGCAUUGCUGGGCUCAGAGACGGGAAGCUUGCUGAAAUGCAUCCACGUACAGUAGAUUGGACGCGCGAGAACACAGGGAAAGGGACAAAUCCCGUGCGUGGUCAGCGUGGCCCCAAACCGGUUCUCGUGUCGCCGUGGGUGCUUCCAUAUCAGAGCUCCUUUUCUUUGCUGCGUGCCCAAGCUGCACAAGGUACCCGCAAUCCGGUCCAGCCUGCUUGUUUGGUCGAGAGGGGCGUCUUCCUGCAUGCCUACCUGGUACCUACCUCUAGCUACUUCCUCCUCCGGCUGUCCUUCCCAAUAUUUUCACACCUCGCUGUCCCCGGGCUGCUCUGUGUUCUUCUCCCUCUCCCCCCCAUCCUCCGCUCGCCUCCCCUCAAGCAUCCCUACCGCCCAUCACCGCCUCAUCGCGCCCUAGGAGACGCUCAAGAGACACGCGCUGCUGCCGCCUGCCUGCCUUGCACUCUGCCAGCCUGCCGUUGAGAGGACGAGAGAAACGACUGAAACAUCCAUCUCCCCGAGCUCCCCCACUCUCAGAAGGGCGCGCUCCUGCUAUCGACGGCCCUCCCUUCCUCUUUGCAGAACUCGCUUUGUUCGCGCCUGCGUUCUCCCACCCUCGUGGCGCUGAACCGCCAGAUUUCCGUGCGAACACGGGCCAAGGCUCGGAACCCAUUUACUGUCUGCCGCAGCGCGCCGCUGCUUGUUGACCAGGCGCAUUUACUUGGUCUUGCUUGAUCGCCGCAGAACUUCUGGGCCGAGAGCUCAACAAGGCAACAGCGACGACGAUCGUCUGGCAUCAAGGCGAAACCGCGCGUCGCAUUAGUCUGGCUACUUGCGAUCCAUAGCACAGACAACUGCAUCCUCGGGAGCCCGCUCUUCGGCUGACUUUGAAAAACCACGCUGCGCACACCCGGCACCCAAUCCUUUUUUUGCGCCAGUCUUUGGUUUACCACUCGUUGAGUUUGCCGAGUCAACCGACGCGCUGCGCCGCUCGCGCUCCGCCAUUGAAACCACCACUCGCAUUUUCAACCCCACCGUCCACAACCCCCGCGCCCGCAUCACCACACCACCCACGACAACCUCGCUCGACUUCCGAACAAAGAAACCCCCCAGCAUCUCACCAUGGCCGAGUUCGUUCGGGCCCAGAUCUUCGGCACGACGUUCGAGAUCACGUCGAGGUACUCGGAUCUCCAGCCUGUUGGCAUGGGCGCAUUUGGUCUGGUCUGUUCUGCGCGAGACCAGCUCACCAAUCAGAAUGUCGCCAUCAAGAAGAUUAUGAAGCCUUUCAGCACCCCGGUGCUCGCAAAGAGGACAUACCGAGAGCUGAAACUACUUAAGCACUUGAAGCAUGAGAAUGUCAUCUCGCUGAGCGAUAUCUUCAUCUCGCCCCUGGAGGACAUCUACUUCGUGACGGAGCUGCUGGGAACCGAUCUGCACCGUCUUCUCACAUCGCGGCCCCUGGAGAAGCAAUUCAUCCAGUACUUCCUCUACCAGAUCAUGCGCGGUUUGAAAUACGUUCACUCGGCCGGUGUUGUACACCGUGACCUAAAGCCCAGCAACAUCCUCGUCAACGAGAACUGCGAUCUCAAGAUCUGCGACUUCGGACUUGCGCGCAUCCAGGACCCCCAGAUGACGGGCUAUGUCUCCACCAGAUACUAUCGUGCGCCGGAGAUUAUGCUUACUUGGCAAAAAUACGACGUCGAGGUCGACAUCUGGAGUGCUGGCUGCAUCUUUGCCGAGAUGCUCGAAGGCAAGCCUCUAUUCCCGGGCAAGGACCACGUCAACCAGUUCUCCAUCAUCACGGAGCUUCUCGGCACACCCCCGGACGACGUCAUCAACACCAUCGCGAGUGAGAAUACUCUGCGAUUCGUCAAGUCACUUCCCAAGCGCGAGAGGCAACCCUUGAAGAACAAGUUCAAGAACGCCGAUGCAUCAGCCGUCGACUUGCUCGAGAAGAUGCUUGUCUUUGAUCCUAAGAAGAGGGUCACGGCUACGGAUGCGCUCGCCCACGAAUACCUGACCCCGUACCACGACCCCACCGACGAGCCUAUUGCGGACGAGAAGUUCGACUGGAGCUUUAAUGACGCCGACCUCCCAGUGGACACAUGGAAAAUCAUGAUGUACUCGGAAAUCCUGGACUAUCAUAACGCGGAAGCCGGGCUGCAGCAGAUGGAGGACCAGUUCGCCGGCUAAUAAAACGCAACGCCUGCGAGAACCUUGCGCGAUGGACGAAGUUGCGAUCUUUCCAUGAUACCACGACUAUACAUCCACAAGCCUUUCCUGUUCAUGUUCACCUUCCUUGGCCUUUCAUUCCUGUUUUUCACUUUCAUUUCAUUCCUUAUACUUGUCAUGAUACGGUCACGGUCUCCGAGGCGUUGGAAGAAGGGUAUUUGUCUCGUCGUAAAGCACGCCGACAGAAAUAUGGAGUAAACGAAGGGGAACACGGCCCCAACACUGGGUCUAUGGUUUAUUUUUCUUGGGCUCGCGUUGUCGCGUCGCCGCGUCGCCGAGUGAGGCACGAUAGACAGGGGGCGCACACCACCCGCUAGGAAACAAGGAGUCAGCAUGUUCUUUGGCCACCGCUACAAGAGCGAAAGGACUGAUGGGAGGGUAUCUCUUAUGCUCGAGCCGGAUGUCGGAAUCACGAGGAGGACGAAGAAAAGCGCCCUGAUGAAGGUUGCCAGGAGCAUGUACACGCAGAGAGCCAUGGUGCGGCGCCUGAUGGUCGCAACGUUGCAGCUAGAGGCAUAAAUAAACGCACUGCCUCGGUCGCGCCCA